AUGUGGCGUCAUCUUCUUAGGCGGCUGGGGGUGGCAGUGCACCCUGCGCUGCAGCGCGAAGUCAGUCGCGCGAAAGAUGUUUACGGAAUUUUUUGUGAUGCAAACUCUGUUGGCUUGGAUGAGGGCGAAUUAUUGUGCUUCGUUCCCUUUUUUCACUGCAUUGCGGCAAACAUCGCGGCUGCGUCGCCGUGGGGCCCGACGCUUAUGGACGGCGUAUCAUCAUACACGGUGGCAGUCGACGGUGUUCAGGUGGAGUACCCCAAGUUAAGUGCUGUCACCACCGUGUUUUGUGCACUUGUUUUGCUGCUUGAGGAAUGCUCUCUCAAUAGCUAUCUGCACUGGAUUUCCAUCGAACAGGAAAUUGACGCUGAUACCCAGCGCAGAUUGGGUAGGUCGGCGCACGCAAAGAUAGAAAUCAUCAAAAUUCUUAACAAUUCAAUUAUAGGCGUUCUUUGCGAAGACAUGUCAAAAUUGGGUUGGAAUAUACCAGUUGAAGUCAUGAGCCUCGCACAUGGCAUAUGCAGCAGCCGCUGUGUGGAUGUACCUCGCUCGAACGAGGUGUUUGGCGGUCCAGCGUUUGUACCAUUUGUGGAUCUCAUCAAUCACGAUGACGAUGAACCGAAUGUGGCAGUGUACGUGGACACAAUGCAUUCUCUCAGGACCUUGUUGCGACGGUCCAAGACAUUUCCCCAGGUCUUUGAAGAUGAUAUCAGCGUGGAUCAUUGCCCCUUUUAUGUUCUUGUGAGGGCCGCAAAAAACAUUGCCGCGAGCGAGGAGUUACACUAUCGGUAUCUUGACCCUCAAGAUGCGCUGGCGGGUGACCCAUUAUUUUGGGCUUCCCGGUUCCAUUUCUGUCCAGAGCGACAUUAA